CUCAACAGCGGAGAGGUUGGCUUCUCCAUGUGCAGGAAAUACUAUAAACACUACAAACUACAGUGGCAUCCAGAACAUGUUUAACAUUAAUUUAGUGUGAUACUAGUGACCAUGAAAGUGUUCAUCUAAGAUAACAGAAUGCCGUAAGAAUGCAGCGAGUAGCAGCUUGAAAGAAAGGUUGUGUUUGUUAGGAUAAAUUAUGUUGAAAAGAUCUCUGAUUGCAGGCUACACAUGCUUUGGGUGCUGGAGUGUUGGACCAAAGGGACUUUGGGGCUACCAUGCAGUUCGUGCAUGCAGCGCUCCAGCCUUACCUGCAGGACGGAUCACAGCUCGUCAGGCAGCAGAUUUAUGGAAAAGACACUUUGCAGAGAGAGGCGUGACUGAGCCCGACCACUCUAGCCAUUAUAUCCUUGCUUAUCUGCUCGGGGCUAAAACUAUAGAAAGUCUUGAGCAGGGGAAGUUAACAGAGUUUCUCAGUCGAGAAAAAACUGAGCAAAUGUGGAAGCUCUGCUCUCAACGCCUAUGCAGGAUGCCUGUGCAGUAUGUGAUUGAAGAGUGGGACUUUAGAGAUCUGACACUGAAGAUGAGACCUCCUGUGUUCAUACCAAGACCUGAAACUGAGGAGUUGGUUGAACUGGUGCUCAAUGAUCUGCAAAUGAAGCCAAGGACUGAAGUUGGUGCCCAGGAAACGUGCUUGGAAGUGGGAUGUGGGUCUGGUGCUAUUUCUCUCAGUCUGCUGAAGAGUCUGCCUCAGCUUAAAGCCAUUGCCGUGGAUCAAAGCCAGGAUGCGGUGGAUUUAACAGGAGAGAAUGCUUUAAGGUUGGGGCUUCAGGACAGAUUACAAAUUCAUCAUUUAGAUGUCAUGAAAGAUGCAGAAACGGUGUUGAGCCUCUGUAGCUCUGUUUCAGUAUUGGUCAGCAACCCCCCGUACCUGUUUUCAGAGGAUAUGACGGCGCUGGAACCUGAAGUAUAUUGGUUUGAAGACCAUGCUGCUUUAGAUGGAGGGAACGAUGGCCUAGAUGUGAUCAAACAGAUUUUGACUCUGGCUCCAAAGAUUUUAUCAGAUCAUGGCCGUGUUUACUUGGAGGUGGAUCCCAGACACCCCCCGCUCAUUCAACGGUGGGUUGAGGUGAAUGUGGAAGAGAUGCAUUAUGUGGAGACAAGGCACGACAUCAGUGGCAGGCCGCGAUUCUGCAUCCUUCGGAAAGAGAAGUCGAACAAGGACCACAAGCUGGAUCUGGAUUGAGAAACUGAGAUCCUAUUACGCUGGCUUUAGCCCAGGUCGCCUCAGCCUCAGCUCCCCCGCCCCCACUGAGCUGCCGAGCAUGCGCUCGCACCCAUCUGAUCACUCAAUAUUAACAAUCUGCUGCAGCUAAAAUAAUUUUCAUGUCACUGUAACACUUCACCUGGUAACAGUUGUUAUCACAUCCUCUGCCACAAUAAAACGUGUGCGAGAUGGCACAAAAGCAGG